GGCAGAACCACGUAAACGUCAGCGUGAUGAACAAGAAGACGAGGGACAAACUACAGAGUUUAUUGGUUCGAGCCACGAGAACCGUGCCUAUGACAUUAAUGAAACCAUGGCGACACUUGCGGAGCCUGAUCGAGGCGUGGGAGAAGUAUCAAAUUCAAAUGUGCCCGAACGAGGAACAGGGUCUAGAGGAGAUGGAAAAAGUUUACAAUCCCCUCCACGCUGGGCAUUGCAGUUACACUCAAUUCCAAAACGAAGAAAGCUUGUGCACGAUGUGUUUCCCGCUCGAGACGACGGAGAAGCUCAGACAAUUUGUAAUGACAUUAUCAGAGGAUUCGAACAAGGACCCACCCAGUACGGAGUCGCAGCCGUCGCACUCCACACACGAGGAACCACCCUACCACACGUCCACGUCCUACACGACUGCAGCUGGAGCAACGGCACAUGCCGAUGUGUUAUUUUCGCUGGCUUCGUCAGACGACUAAAUCGCUCGUCAAUUUGGUCUACAAACGCCAGCGCAUGGGACCUCUACAAUCUCGUCCAGUAUCUCAAUAGUCAGCCCCGACUAUUGGAAUACCUUAAAGUGGGAGGAAGCGAUUGGGGUCGCGACAUUAGAAAUGAAGUUUUGGGACAAUUCCAAGGUCCUGGACACGAGCCCGGCCGAGUUUUGGAAAUACUGCACCCGAAACUUCCGCAUUCAGUUGCAUGUGACGACGCCCAUGGAGGUCAGACGAGCGGUGGAGACGCUGACAAAGUAUGCACAAGAAAGGGUACAAAGUGCCGAAAACGUGCAAAAGGAGCGUCGGAAGAAUCCAUCUACGACUGGCCACGCGAAAACCCCGUAUCGCCGUUGACCAACAUUGUGCGCACCCCCAAGUGGCUGGCCGACCCGGUAUUUCGAUUUAUUCGCCUGGACGACAAGCGCCUUCAACGCGCCAUUCAAGUGUUUAACGAUGAGAUGUGUUCGUACUCCACCCUCGACUUCAUUGAAAUGUACAAGAACACGCAGCCACUCUUUGACGCCCCACAUGGCAACCUCGCUACCUUUUACAUGGAUGUGCCCGCGUCGUUUGAUGCCAUGAUGGAACUUUUAAACUUUCAGUUUCACGGCAUCCACGAGGAAGUGUCGGCUUUUGUCAACAACUUGUACAGCCUGGUCGAGAAGGCGAUCCCGAAAAAAAAUUGCAUGGAAAUCGUGUCCCCUCCGAGUGCAGGCAAAAACUUUUUUUUCGAUCCUGUUCUUUCAUUUUACAUUAACCGCGGUACCAUUCGCAACUUUAACCGCUACACUAGCUUUCCACUACAGGACACCGUGGGCCGUCGCAUCCUGGUAUGGAACGAGCCAAACUGUGAGUCAUCCGCUUUCGAUACUGUCAAAAAAAUUUUUGGUGGUGACGUAGACUCGGUGGCUGUCAAGUACACUGCUGACCAGACCAUUUCCAGGACACCCGUCAUUGUGCUCUCAAACAACGAGGUGUUUCCAGAUGACGAGGCCUUCAACCACCGCAUGUGGCGCUACAAGUGGCGGGCGUGUCCUCCACUGAAGAAAUACGACAAGAAAAUUCACCCGAUGGCCCUGGUGCUCCUUUUUGAUACGUUUGUCAUGGAAGAAACAUACCUCGGCACGCGUCAGCUUGAUCAAUAAACAGUUUUUCAACCUA